AUGGACAGAUUUGCCUCGAGUUCUGGCGAUCGCCCAGAUACAUCUGGCAAUGCGCGCUUCACAUCCCAGGCUGCGACAGCCGAGGAUUUGCUUAAGGCGCAAACUGUCGGGCUCGUCAACCUGAAUGAUUACCGCAAGCGACGCGCCGAGGCGCUCGAUAGGAAGGAGCGAGGUGACGCUGCGAUCAACUCAGGCGAAAACACACCCGCCGAAGGGGCAUCGACGCCGAAGCCCGUUUUCAAGAAGAAGCGCAAAGUAGCUGGUAAAGGCAAGCUCUCAUUCGGCAUAGAUGAAGACGAAGACACCGAAUCCAAUGCUUCGAAGACGUCUACCCCUCGCGAAAGCACCCCCACCGAAACAUCUGCCCCAGAAGUUGAAGUGAAGGUGUUCAAGAAGAAGCUCGGCGCAAACUCGAGCAUCGGUCUCAAGCCCCGUGUCAUGACCAAGACAGCUCUCCAACGCGAAGCCCAGCAAGCAGAACAGGCACGGCAAGACUUUAUACUCAUGCGCGACUCCGUAAAGGCGACCGAAGUAGUGAUACCUUUUGUCUUCUAUGAUGGGACCAAUGUUCCAGGCGGAAGAUGCAGGAUAAAGAAGGGCGAGCAGAUAUGGUUGUUUCUAGACAAAGCCCGAAAAGUGGGUGCAGAGCUAGGCGUGGGAGGAGACAAGAGUCGAAGAGAUUGGGCUAGGGUCAGCGUAGAUGACUUGAUGCUUGUCAGAGGUGAAGUCAUAUUACCGCAUCACUACGAGAUCUACCACUUCUUGUUUAACAGGGUCACUGGCUUCGAUGGCCCGAUCUUCGACUACUCAGCACAACCCACCAAAGCCACUCCCAGCACGUCCGAUGCCGACGCCGAAGUAGAUCCUGCUACAUACGACCCACUUGCUCAGCCCUCUAAGAAGAAGAGCAAAGAGUCUAGUAUACCAGAUGAGGAACUCGAGGGCUUCGGUGAAGAUCCAGCAAUAACCAAAGUCGUUGACAGGCGUUGGUACGAGCGCAACAAGCAUAUCUUCCCCGCGAGCACGUGGACAGAGUACGCACCAGACAAGGACCUGUCAAAGGUGCAGCGAAAGGACAACGAAGGCAAUGCCUUCUUUUUCUCGUAA